GAGGAGGAGGAGAAGGCAGGCGGGGAGGGCGCUGGCCUGCGGGGCUGCUCUGCGUCCGUGACUACGGCCGGGCAGCGCCCCGCGCCGCCUUCGCGGCAAUGAAGCGCCCUUGCGAGGAGACGACCUCCGAGAGCGACAUGGACGAGACUAUCGACGUGGGGAGUGAGAACAAUUACUCGGGGCAAAGUAGCUCUGUGAUGAGAUCGAAUUCUCCAACAACAACAUCUCAGAUUAUGGCAAGAAAGAAAAGAAGAGGGAUUAUAGAGAAAAGGCGUCGGGAUCGGAUAAAUAACAGUUUAUCUGAGUUGAGACGACUAGUGCCAACUGCUUUUGAAAAACAAGGAUCUGCAAAAUUAGAAAAAGCUGAAAUACUGCAAAUGACCGUGGAUCAUUUGAAGAUGCUACAGGCAACAGGAGGUAAAGGCUACUUUGAUGCGCAUGCUCUUGCCAUGGACUUCAUGAGCAUUGGGUUCCGAGAAUGCCUCACCGAAGUGGCAAGAUACCUGAGCUCCGUGGAAGGCCUGGAUUCCUCGGACCCACUGCGCAUGCGCCUGGUCUCUCAUCUCAGCACCUGCGCCUCCCAGCGGGAGGCGGCGGCCAUGACGUCCUCCAUGGCUCAUCACCAUCACCCUCUACACCCACAUCACUGGGCGGCCGCCUUCCACCACCUUCCCGCCGCCCUGCUCCAGCCCAACGGACUCCAUGCCUCAGAGUCAACCCCUUGUCGCCUUUCCACAACUUCCGAAGUGCCGCCUGUGCACGGCUCCGCUCUCCUCACCGCCACAUUCGCCCACGCUGAUUCCGCGCUUCGAAUGCCGUCGACAGGCAGCGUGGCCCCAUGCGUGCCGCCUCUCUCCACGUCUCUCUUGUCCCUCUCGGCCACCGUCCACGCGGCUGCUGCAGCAGCUACUGCGGCUGCGCACAGCUUCCCUCUGUCCUUCGCAGGAGCCUUCCCCAUGCUCCCCCCGAGUGCAGCUGCUGCCGUGGCGGCCACGACAGCCAUCAGCCCGCCUUUAUCAGUAUCAGCCACUUCCAGCCCUCAGCAGACAGGCAGUGGAACAAAUAAACCUUACCGACCCUGGGGGACAGAAGUUGGAGCUUUUUAAGUUUGCAAGGAAACUUCCGUUGAUAACUUGCAGUAGUAAUUGAAUGUCCUUCAUUUCACAAAUCAGCCUCAAACCUCUGCAUCCAAAAGGUAAUCAUAGAGAUGUCUGCAGAUCCGCAAAGGAACAAUAAAGCUAUUUGAGUCACAAA